AGAAAGAUGAAUUAUAAACAUAAAAGGGCUGAUCUGUGAUGCCCCAAAAGCAAUACAAAAAAACAAAUAGGAAAAGGACAAAGAUUUUGGUACUAGAUUAUUGAGUUUAAGGUAUUAUAAAUGCACACGGGCUGAGACCUUUUAUGGUUCAGAAGCUCAGAGCUAAAGUUUUCAGUUCAGAGGCACAGAAUCAUUGAAGAGAAAUAUUAUGGAAGAGGGCAUGUCAGAGUUUUUUAUUAGCGGUGUAAGUGUUGGUGGUAACAGUGGCAGUGCUACUACUGGCACCAAGUGUGGGCGUUGGAAUCCCACUACUGAACAGGUUAAGGUUCUGACUGAACUUUUCAGUUCUGGACUACGCACCCCCAGCACUGAUCAGAUUCAAAAGAUCUCUAAUCAGCUUAGUUUUUAUGGUAAGAUUGAGAGCAAGAACGUGUUCUAUUGGUUUCAGAACCAUAAGGCUAGGGAGAGACAAAAGCGUCGCAAGGUUGAUAAGGAUGUGAUUCGUAGUGAAAACUCUAUCUCCAUCAAUUCUUUUACACAAACAGAUUUUAAUCAGCUAUAUCAGGUUUCUGAGCCCGAGAGGGUGAUUGAGACUCUUCAGCUCUUCCCCUUGAAUUCAUUUGGUGAAUCAGAAUCAAAGAAUAUGAGGGUCCAUGCAAGUGAUCAAUGCAGGGAUAGCACUAUGUUUUCAUACACAGUGGGGGAACAAAUGGAUCACCCACCAUUAGAUCUUCGCUUGAGUUUUAUGUGAACAUAUAUGGGAAUCUUUUUGGGGUGGUGUGGUUGGAGAAGGGGAGGGUAUGUUUUAAUAAAUACAUUCUUGUUAGGUUUUAGCAUAAAGAAAAUGUAUCAUGGAAAGUUAAAAAAAUAUAUUAUGUAUCUUGAUAUUACUAAUAUUUACCUAGUGAUUUUUAGUUAAAUAUUGGAAAUGCUUGGACAUUCUUCUCUG